CACACAAGUGCCUGACUCACAUGACUUGCCAGACAGAAAACGUGUAUUGAACGAGAUAAACGUAUGAGCGAAUAUAAAACCCCUGGUCUUGUGAAUGUGAUCACUUUACGUUGUCUGCUCUUUGAAAUACACAUCUCCAGAAGUGAGCAUUGUGAAAAUGGGAAACGAACAAGGUAAACAAGUAGCAGACGCCAGCCAAGAAGGAACGGCGUGCCCCUCGUGCGAACAGGCCUUCGACCCCGUGCUGCGUCAGCCGAUUCAGUUGCCGGUGUCUAACUUCAGGAUCUGCAAACCAUGCCUCAAGGAUUUCCGCAACGAUGAUCUGGUGCCGAGCUGUCCUGAAGGGUCAGAAGAUGGCGAACUCUCCGUAAAAACAUCAUCAAACGAAACAAAGGAAGAAAACCGAGAAAAAACUGACGUUAGCGAAGGAGACCGUGACGUCUGCCGCCUGUGCAAACGAGCCUUCGACCCCGUGCAGCGUCAGCCGAUAACGUUGCCGGUCUCUAAGCUCAAGGUCUGCAAACCAUGCUUCAAGGAGGUUUGCAAAGAGGACCUAGAACAAAGCUGUCCGAAUGGGUCAGUGGAUGGCAAACUUUCUAUAGAGACAUCAAACAAAACGGAGCAGGUCGAAAAAGCUUUUGAACCCGAGGCAAAGCAAGGGCAACCUGACAACGGUACUGCAGAUUCUGAAUUCACUUCGAUGGACGAAAAGAAAAACGCUUCAGCUCCAGCUCCAGGCAUGGACCCAAAAACAAAGAAGAUUUUAAUAGGCGUUGGCAUCGGAGUAGGAGCCACUGUAGGGGCAGUCGGCGCCAUUGUUGCUGCUCCGUUUGCGUUGGCGGCCGCGGGAUUCACCUCCGGAGGCAUCGCGGCCGGAUCCUUCGCGGCUUCGAUGAUGUCCUCUGCUGCCAUUGCCAACGGAGGAGCCAUAGCCGCCGGAAGCACGGUGGCGAUCUUGCAGUCGGCCGGAGCAGCUGGUAUAGGCGCUGCCGCCACAGCUGGAUUGGCCGCCGGCGGAGGCGCUGUAGGGCUCGCUGCCGGAGGGGCAACUGCAGUCGGGGUUAAUAAACUUAUGGGUUCGAAACCAAGCCAAGAAAACGAGACUAAUAAUGGAAAUGAGACUGAAACUUUGAAACAUGAAGAUGGAGAGAAGGGCGAUGAGAAGGGAGAAGGGAGGUCAGGAAAUGAUGAGAAAGAAGAAAGAAAAGAAGAGGAAGGAAGAUUAGGAAAUGACGAAGAAGAAGAAAAUAAGUGAUGAGUAGAUAUUGAGUGAAUUUUGGUUUAAUAAAGGCCAUUCACACAACUCCCUUUAUAAUAACCGUAAAUCUCGAAGGUAUUUUUUUUAUUAAGAAGCUAAAAAAAAAAGAAAAGAAAAAAAGAAGAAAAAAAAUAUCUAGUGAUAUUACCAUAACCUAAAUCAGUGUCAAUUUGAAGAGGCAAUAAUGCCUUUUGUUGGCAUAUUGUGAAUAAUGAAUGAUGUGUAUAUUGUUACCACAGUAACGACCAUAACUAAUUAUCUAUGCACAAUUGCCGGCAAACGUGUUUCCAGGUACAGUCCGGGCAGUAUCUAUCUCUAGAUACAUUAAUUUCUAGCUCUAUAUCUACACGCAUGCACGCACAUUCACACUCGCGCACACGCACACGCACGCAAGUAAAAAAAAAAAAUGUGGAAUUUGGGUGUUGGACCAGCCAGGCCUUAAUGGUGACAGCCCCCGCCCCCAAUUGACGCCUCUGCGUGCAGCGAGUUAGCUAAUUAGUAGGAUGCUUAUUAAUUCUUCAGAUAUUUUACUAUUGUUUUAUUAAAAAGAAAAAAAAAACGGUAGAAAGUGAAGACAAAUACUAGGGGUCAUCAUUAUUAUGAAACGGCAUGAUGAUUGGGCUGAUCAGCCAUGGCAUCCCAAACAAAUUUCCUCCAAAAAACGGUCCUGCAAUUUUCAAAUUAACUGACCCACGCUCAUUCUUGUUAAUUCUUUGAUAUUAUCUAAGUAACGAGUCUUGUAUCUAUCUCUCUUUUGCCAUAAACCAUGCCCAUCAUUAGAUCUUUACCCAAGCUAUCACUUCUUACCACGUGACCAACGGAUCUCGGUUCACGUCUGUUGAUGGUGUUUAAUAUUCUCUCAUGAAUGUCUACCUGUAUUUUAUCUAAUACCUAACUAUUUGUCCUGUGAUCGGUUCAGCUAACGAGAAAUAAACGUCUGUAGCACCACAA